UCCUUCGCCCGCCCUCUUCCCUUGAGCAUAUAUGUCACCGACGCGGAGGGCACCUCACUCGCUCGACAGGUAGCAGGACCCGUAGUACUUCAGGGAUACGGACAAAUCUUCACCCUUUGGCUUGGGAGGGUGAGAGGAAAAAUUAGUUGUCGCUUUAAAAGAGUUCGCUCUUCUGAAAGGGUAGAGGCGGAAGCCGUACCAAAGUGUCGCGAGAACUGUAACUACCGGCGACUUCUCGCGAUGUUUGGCCCCGCAAAGGGUGGCCAUUUUGGAGUCCAUCCGGCGGCUGGUUGCCCCGGCGGCGUCUCUCAACCUGCUGCCGGGACCAAAGCUGGCCCCGCCGGUGUCUGGCCUGUGGGCGGCCGGACCAACACGAUGUGGCGGCUCCGCUGCAAGGCCAAGGAUGGCACCCAUGUUUUGCAGGGGCUGUCCAGUCGCACCCGGGUGCGGGAACUCCAAGGCCAAAUUGCCGCCAUCACUGGGAUCGCCCCCGGCGGUCAGCGCAUCCUCGUCGGAUUCCCGCCUGAGAGCCUGGAUCUGAGCAACGCGGAUACCAUUUUGGAGGAUUUGCCCAUCCAAUCAGGCGACAUGCUGAUCGUUGAAGAAGACCAAACCAGGCCCAAAACUUCACCUGCAUUUACAAAACAUGGUGCUCCUAGUUACGUCAGGGAAACUUUGCCUGUGCUUACUAGAUCCGCGGUCCCAGCAGACAACUCUUGCCUCUUUACCAGCGUAUUCUAUGUGGUUGAAGGAGGAGUUUUGAAUCCAGCUUGUGCCCCUGAGAUGAGACGCCUCAUAGCACAAAUUGUAUCAAGUGAUCCAGACUUCUAUAGUGAGGCAAUACUGGGAAAAACAAAUCAAGAGUACUGUGACUGGAUCAGAAGGGAUGAUACUUGGGGAGGAGCAAUUGAGAUAUCGAUUUUGUCUAAGUUUUAUCAAUGUGAAAUAUGUGUAGUGGAUACACAGACAGUAAGAAUUGAUCGUUUUGGGGAAGAUGCGGGGUAUACUAAAAGGGUCCUGCUUAUUUAUGAUGGCAUCCACUAUGAUCCACUUCAGCGUAACUUCCCUGAUCCAGAUACUCCUCCUCUGACCAUUUUCUCCACUAAUGAUGAUAUUGUUCUUGUACAAGCACUGGAAUUAGCAGAUGAAGCUAGAAGGAAGAGACAAUUUACUGAUGUAAACCGCUUCACCCUGAGAUGCAUGGUGUGUCAGAAGGGAUUAACUGGACAAGCAGAAGCAAGGGAUCAUGCCAAGGAGACAGGCCAUACCAACUUCGGAGAAGUGUGAUCUAUGCAUGAUGAGGGUUGAAGCCUACUACCUCACAGAUCCAGAAGGCUCUGGGUUUUCCAAUAAGCUAUUCAUAAUCCGAAAAAACAAAAGGACACAAUGCUUGAAACCAUCCUUUUAACUUAAAAUCACUAAGACACUGAAAUUCCUUGUUAAGAUUAAAAAUAGUGUGCAAGUUUACAGAUGUGUGUCUACGGUGGUGAUACAUGCCCUCUUUCUGCUGAGGUCACAGAAUAGGUGGUCUUACCACCUAUGGACAUCUGAAGAUUGAGUUGUAGUAUUAUGAACUGGCACCCAGCAGCUUUAACUUGUAGAAGAAAAAAACAUCACAUUUUGGGUAAUAUGGAAUGCCUCAUGGGGCCACUGGACAUAUACCACAGUGUCUCCAGUAAUUUGAGUUCUUUUAAUAAUAACUGUGAGUUAAUAUUUCUAAAUCAUGAAUUGAUUGAUCAAAUGAAGAUACUCAGAAUUGUAAAACUGAUUUUAUAUUGCAAUUUGGUAGACUUUAUAAAUGUGUACUUAACCACUUAUAAGUAUAUAACAAGCAAUUUUUACAAGGAUAAGUCUAUUCCUUAAGAAUUUUAAACAGGAACUGAUAGUACCCUGUUUAAAAUUUCUAGUGUAUAAAAGUAGAAUGUGUGAGGGAAAAGGUGCCUGAAGCAGCUUACUGAAGCUUUAAAAGACCAUUGGCCUCGUGUUUUAAUGCAAUUUAUGUAUUGAUCUUAGUCACAUUGCAUAAAAUUUUAAAUUAAGCAGGGUAUUUUUUUUUAAUUGAAGUUCCUUGAAAUCUGAGUGCUUGAUUUUUGCUUUGUUACGUGAAUAUUUGUCUGAAGGGAUUUGAUUUCCUCAGCUUUUUGUAAGAGCACUUCUUCCAAAAGAAAAUAUUCAUGUAAAGUGGUAAUGCUAUGCUUUGGUUUGGUUUUGGUACACUCUAUUGCAUACCUAAACAGUAUUUGUUUUUGUGGUAGCCUUAUCUCUCCACUAAUGCGCUUUUGAAUAAUUCCACAUUUCUGCAAAUUAGCACUUUGCUUAUCUGCGAUCUUUUUACUUUGGCUUUUGAAGAAUUUUUAAGUAAUUGGGAUAAUACUGUUGAAUGAAUUUGUUUCUUUUCCAAAAUAUGAAAGUUUUCAAAUCCUUGCCUUAUUCAGAUCUCAGAAUUCUGCUUCUUCCUAAUACUAAAUAUGUAGCCAUUUGCUUGGUGGACUAAUCCGCAAGGCACAACCUCUAAAAUUUAGCUUCACUACAAGAUCUUCCAGAUAAAGUCUUCUACCUCUUUUCUUAAUUCUUCUAAAGAUCAGGGAUGCUAAAUUAUAAUUUGUUAUGUAUUUUCUCACAUAAUGUGAAAAGGCUUAAUGUUGUGAAGUUUUGUUAUCUUGGUCUAAUUUUUGGUUAUCUUAGAAAACCAGUGGUGUACUUUAAAGCACUUAUAUCUUUUUCAGCAUAUCUUCUUGGCAAAUGUUUUAAAAUUGAGAUUUACUUUUAGCACUUUCACUUGAUGAAGGUGGCCAUGUAAAAUUAAGGAAAAUGUGAGCAAUUUAGGGAAAAAGUACCUCUAAUGAACAAUUCACAGAGUAUGCUUGAAAUCAUCAGAUGACAUUUCUUGAGUACCUUUUGUGUGCAUAGCUUUUUAGGCAUUAUAGCUAUUAUGGUCAGUAUAACUUAAAGUGUUUAAUUUUCUAUUUUCCUGAGCCUUAAAAAUAGCACUUGUGAGCUUAUGAUACUUAAUGUUUGGCAAUCAUAAUAUGUACAAAUGAAUAUGAUUGAAAAUAUUUUCAUAUCUGUCUGUCAUCUGGUCUAGAUGGUAUCUCUUAUUUCCCCCAGAAAAUAUUAAAUUUAAAACUGUAAAUUAAGUCUAUACUAUUAGGUAACAUCCAUCAAAUUGACCUUUAUGCAUCACUAUUCAGAAAGCUUGCCUUCCUUUCCUUGCUAAUUCAGGAGCCAAAUUUAACAUUUGCUUACUGGGAUUUUAGAUCUAGAAGUUUAUUCAUGCAACAAAUAUUUAUUGAAUAAUUUAUAAUGUGCCAGGCAUGUUUUGAUAUGUUUUACAACAUAAUUUUUUGUCACUUUAAAAUUGAGUAUAUGUUAUCUACAGUGGAUUAAUUGAACAAAUGGAAAGAAAUAGAACACUGACAUUUUACAAAAUUAAACCCCUUCAUUUUAAGUGUUUUGUUUACAUAUUAAUAAAUAUCAAGUAUUUAUUCAGGGGAUCUUAGUUUAUCUGCUAUUAGGUUGUCCAUUCACCAAUUGUACACUGAUACUCAGUGAAAUUGCUUUCAAAAAUGACCUUUUAAAGUAAUCAUCUGCUGAAAUUCAGCACUAGUAUUUUAAAAUAGUGUUCUGAUCAUGGAAAAUUCAAGAUGAAGCAUUAUUUUCAGAUUACUUGAUUUAAUUAUUAAGACUUAAAAACCUAAACUUCUGCUCAUUCUAAACUCAACCUUGGAAGCCUCACAGAGUUUAAAGUUUUUUUUUUUUUUUUUUUUUACCGCAAAUAUUAAACUUGAAACUAGUAAUUUAUGUGAGUAAAUUCUCAUCUUGAGAACUUUAAGAAUAUGUGGAUUUAGUCCUUGUAGCAGGAUUAAAAGAAACUGUCUUAAGUUUGCACUGGAGCAAAAUGAAAUCCUUCUUCCUAUUCAGUUUUUCCCUGCCAUACAAGAAUUUUUUUUUUUUUUAAUUAAAAUGAGGACAGUUUACAUUAGUGGCAGAUUGAAUAAAGACUGCUUUCCCACAUCAUCCCUCUUCCUCCUUUUCCUUACUUUUCUUUGGAUUAAAGAUUAGGUGUAGUUCUGUGAAGAUAUACUCUUAGAGUGAUUUCAGAAGUUAAAAUUAAUAUCCCUGGAAAUUUUGUGAUGCCAUAGCCAUAUGAAGACAUCAUUAUAUUAACUUCUUUUGCUAAUAAUGGUUCAUGGUUAAUUUCUUAAUUGUUUCCUAUGAAUGAGAAAUGGACAAAGUCAAGUGGUACCCUUGAAGCUUCACUGCUGGUCAGCUUAAUACUGUUUUUAAGAACUAAUGUAGUCAUGCCACUUUAUUAUUCCGUGAAGUUCAAGUCCAAGCAAAAUCAUAAUCAGGAAUUAAUUUACUUACGUUAUCUUUCUAUAUGCUCCUAAGUGCUCAUGCUUAAUUUGCUUAUCUAGCUUACUCCUUCUGUCCUAUGUAGGGAUUAAAACAUGGGUUUUGUCAGUUGCCCUGGCUAAACAUAGUUUUCUAUGUCUUUUUGAAAAAAAUAGAAUAGGGAGUAUGCAAGAUUAAGCAACAGAGUGGUUUUUUUUUUUUUUUUUUUUUUUUUUUUGGACAAAUCAGGUGACCUUCCUAAACUUACAUAUAUUAAGAAUCAUGUUCUUUUAUGUGUUGAGACACAUUAUUGUUUGCAGCACUUUAAAAAAUAUGAAAUAACAUUUUACAUGUUAGCCUUCUCUAGGAAUUUUGUUAAGGGCGUUAAACAACCAUUCUUGAGCUGCUAACCAUCAACUCUUCUUAAUUAUUGCCAUCAGUGUAUGAUGUAUCUAGUGGUACAAUAUUCUGGUGUUUUGAUAACCUUAAAACUCAAUUUUAGUAACUAUUAGGAGCAUGGUCUGUGCCCUAGCAUUAAAAUGUUACUACUAUAAUGUGAUUGUCCUUUAUCAUUCAUUAUACAGUGCAGUAUUCAAAUUUGUCCUUGUAGCACAAAGGUGAUUGACAAUUUCUAAAAGAUUCUUAAAACCCUUCAUUUGUUUCUAAGCAAACUUAUUUUAAGGAAGCUGAUUUUUGAGUCAGAGGCCUUAAAAUUGUCAUAUACAAGCAACAUCAUUUUUAAGUCUAAAGUGAAACACUUGAAGUGAAAUGUUUAUAUUAACUACAGAUGUUUUCUUAUUAAGCAUUGUAAUAUUCAGCACAUUUUACCCAACCUGAAAAGAAUAUAAAACGUCCCUGAUUGUGGGAAAGUGUGUUAUUUUAUCUUCUCCAAAAAUUAGCUAGCAUUGUGUUUACAGUACUUUGAAUAUUUGACUUAGAAAAAAUUAUCACAUCAAAAUUGAAUUGUGGGGUACUGAUUCAGGUCUUGAUUCAUAUGUAUUUAAAGGAGGUUGCUAACCCUCCCAUUGUAUUUUAGAGUGAAGUUAGGAAGGGGAAUGAGGAUAAAGUACCAUUAAAAAAGGAGAGAUUGUCGAAUGGAUACAUCCCUAGUCAUGAAUUAAGCUCUUCAGAAAAUUUUGCAAGCAAUGCCUUUGUGUAACCUCAACCCCCCUCUCCCCCCAUUUCUUGGCAUAGAAUGUAGUAGGGCCAUAGGUGAAAAGCUUGUCAUUAAAGUGUAAAACCAUGAAUUACAA